AUGGACACGCCCAAAUGUGAAAAGCGUGUUUUUCCUUGUGUCAUUGCGGCGCCCCCGUGCCACAACGCCAGCAACUCUGUGAGAUUUUCCGUCCUCUUCGGAGCGUUCUGCAUCCCGGUGUACAUCCCUUACAUCCUCAGUGGCCGGUGGACGCUGGGCAGGGGACUGUGCAAGCUGUGGCUGGUCACGGACUACCUGCUGUGCUCCGCGUCCGUCUUCAGCAUCGUCCUCAUCAGCUACGACCGCUUCCUGUCCGUCACCAGAGCGGUGAGUUACCGGGCCAGGCAGAGCAAGUCUCAUCCGGCCAUCAUCAAGAUGACUGCCGUGUGGGUGCUGGCCUUUGUCCUGUACAGCCCGGCCAUCAUUUUCUGGGAGCUGGCGGUGGGCCGAAGUCGGGUGCCAAAAGACGAGUGCUUCGGCGAAUUCUAUCACUCCUGGUACUUCCUGCUGUGCGCCUCCACGCUGGAGUUCUUCUCCCCUUUCAUCUCGGUGGCUUUCUUCAACCUCAGCAUUUAUCUGAACAUACGACGGCGGAGGCUCCGCCGCAGGGAGGCCCGGCUCAACCUUCAGCUAAACGAACCCGUGUCGACUCAAGGGGAAGGUAUCCCCCAGACGGCCGUGAGAGGCUCACUCCGCUCGCCCGCCUCCUCUCCUAAUUCGGGCAAAGCGUAUCCGUCGAGCAGCGGGACGCUGCGGCCUAACCGUCUGUCCAGAGAUAAGAAAAUUGCUAAGUCGCUGGCCAUCAUCGUGUGUGUGUUUGCCAUCUGCUGGGCACCGUACACCCUACUGAUGAUCAUCCGUGCCGCCUGCAGAGGGCGAUGCAUCCCGCAGCAUUGGUACGAGGUCACCUUCUGGCUCCUGUGGCUCAACUCUGCCAUUAACCCUUUCCUCUACCCGCUGUGUCACAGCAGCUUCCGCAGGGCCUUCGCUAAGAUUCUGUGCCCGAAGCGGCGGACGUCCACUCCCCCUCUAGCCGUCCUUCGGACGGGCCGGUGACCAUUAGAGGCCCAAACUGCGAAAUAUUGCAAAUGCUCUUGUUAAAUAAGCAUGGUGGUCUUGAGAAUAACGUGCUAUCUUGAACACAAUUUAUGUUCUUACAAACACUAAAUGUCUCAAAUGUUUGCAGUUGCCAAGCCAGGUGCCUGCUAAGGGAAAAAGAAGUGUGCAAUGUACUCAAUCGUCAAUAAACUGCUUAUUGUGUGUUGACUAGUAAA